AUGACGGCCAACAGCAGGUACAAGAGCCGCUCGCUCCGCUCAGAGGAUGGAGAGGAGAAAGAGUAUGUUGGUUUUGCAACACUGCCUAACCAGGUGCACAGGAAGUCGGUUAAGAAAGGAUUUGACUUCACUCUUAUGGUGGCAGGCGAGUCUGGUCUGGGUAAAUCCACCCUGGUGAACAGUCUGUUCCUCACAGAUCUCCAUAAAGACAGAAAACUGCUCAAUGCAGAGGAGCGCAUCAGUCAGACAGUGGAGAUCACCAAACACACCGUCGACAUCGAGGAGAAAGGGGUGAAGCUGAAACUUACUAUCGUAGAUACGCCAGGUUUUGGAGAUGCUGUCAACAACACUGAAUGCUGGAGGCCCAUUACAGACUACAUCGACCAGCAGUUUGAGCAGUACUUCAGAGACGAGAGUGGACUCAAUAGGAAAAACAUCCAGGACAAUAGAGUCCACUGCUGCCUCUACUUCAUACCUCCCUUUGGACAUGGGCUUCGUCCAGUUGACAUAGAGUUCAUGAAAGCUCUUCAGGAUAAGGUGAAUGUGGUUCCUCUCAUCUCAAAAGCUGACUGCCUCAUGCCCAGUGAGAUAAAGAAACUCAAAGAGCGGCUGAGGGAGGAAAUAGAUAAAUACGGGAUAAAGAUCUACCAGUUUCCUGACUGCGACUCCGAUGAAGAUGAGGAAUUCAAGCAGCAGGACAGAGAGCUGAAGGAGAGCACUCCAUUUGCUGUGAUAGGCAGCAAUACUGUGGUUGAAGCCAGAGGUCAGAGAGUGAGAGGAAGGCUGUAUCCCUGGGGCAUUGUGGAGGUCGAGAAUCAGUCCCACUGCGACUUUGUGAAGCUGAGGACCAUGUUGAUAAGGACCCACAUGCAUGACCUGAAGGAUAUCACCUGUGACUGUCACUAUGAAAACUACAGAGCCCAGUGCAUUCAGACCAUGACCAGUAAGAUGAAUGCAGAUAAGCGGGUGGAGAGUCCCAUUCCUAUACUACCUCUGUCCACACCUGAUGUGGAGACAGAGAAACUCAUCAAAAUGAAAGAUGAAGAAUUGAGGAGGAUGCAGCAGAUGCUUCAGAAAAUGCAGCAACAGAUGCAUGAGCAAGACCUGUGACCCCUCCAGUUUUUAACUUUUCACUUUUGACUCACACACCUCCAGGCAAGGGGUGGGCCAACAAGCUAAUCAAACACACAGCACAGUGUUAAACCAGCCACCACUGGCAUUUACACAGGAAGAAACGGGCAACAUUUUACAUAACACAUAGAAGAAGAAGUCACAAAUGAAUGACUGAAUAAAGAAAUGCCUACAUGCCAUGCAAUGGAAGAUGUAUUUUGUACACACUCUAAAGUUUGGCAGUGUUGCGGGAACCUUGCAGAAAUUUUGCUUCUUUGACGCGCAGUCAUGAGCCAAGUGGGGCUAAGUAGAGAGUAGUUUCAUUUUGUUACCUUACGUAGAUUAUAGUUGAUUUCCAAGUCUGUUUGUACCUGAAAUACUAGACUGCUGAGACUGUUGUAUGAUGAAUUACCCCAGUGUCUCGUUCAUUUAGUAGUUUAUGCUCUACUUUGUUUGUUUGUUUGUGUGUGUGUGUGUGUGUGUGUGUGUGUGUGUGUUCUCUCUCUGAUUAUUGAGAGUUUAUAGACAACUGACAAGUGUAUUUUCUCUGCAUGGUUAAUACCAAAUGCUUGCAAAAGGCCCAAGGUAAAGAUGAACAAUUAAGUAUUUAUUCUUCAGAAGAAGCGGCAUCCUUACAUUUUUUUUUUACCCAUGGGUUUGUAAAGAAAGCUCAAAGUAAGCUACUGCAUUGUACAAUCAGCAUUAUUUAUUAUUCUGUAAACAAAAAGAUUUUAUUGAAGAAACAUGAAGAGUCUGUGUCAUCUCAAAAGCACUCUAGUGGACAAAUCCUAUAUAAUAUUA